AGAGCAGGCUCCACAAUGACAGAUUUUCUCAUUUGUUCAAGAGAACUGGAAGUACAGAUUUGAUGUAAGAUUUUGCAUAUUUAAACGCGAAGAAGAGAAUUGAAAUGCCUGCCAUCCCAAACAAAACCGAGCAUCAGAUUCAGAGUCAGCCCAUAUUUGGGGCCCCUGAAGCAGCCACAUCUCCAGGCCACCGUAUUGUCCAGGCAAGAUCACCUUGAGGACUGGGUGACCUUUUAUUUUCACGUUGUUUUAUUUUAACAUUAAGACCCACGUUGCAGCCUUAAUAGCACCAAGGAGGAGACGAUAAAGGUCCCCGUUCUAGAGACGAAAAAGGUCCCUGUUCUAGAAAUGGUUCGUCUGUUUUUAGCUCCUGGGCUCAGCGUGGUUGAUGACGUCGUCCUGGUGCCCCUAAAUCCUCCUCAGACAUCUGGAUUUUUGCUCUUUGUGCUUCAGCCUUCACCCCACCCGGAUCCAGGCGGGGUCUCCCACCUCAUUCUGUUACCAUUUUCUCAUCGUGCCGAUGAGUUUCAGAGUCCUUUGGGGUCCUUGUCAAAAAAAUCAUAUAAAAAUAUAUGUAUCAAUAUUACCAACCAUAUCAAUAAAAAUAGGCAUCACCUAAAAUGUACCAUUUUAACCAUUUUUAAGUGCAUGAAGCAUAUUCACCUGUUGGGCAGCCGUCACCAUCGGCUCGGGAACUUUUCACUUGCAAAACUGAAACUCUGUUCCCAUUAAAUGAUAACUUCCCCCUUCCCCUCCCCCACCCCAGCCCCUGCCGCCACCAUUUUACUUCCUGUCUCUAUGAAUCUGAUGAUUUCAGGUCCUUCACAGGAGUGGAAUUAUACAGUAUUUGUCUUUUUGUGACUAGCAUAUUUCAUUUGGCAUACUGUCCUCAAGGUUUACCUAUGUUGCAGCAGGUGUCAGAGUUCCGUUCCUUUUUAACGCUGAAUCAUACCCCAUGGUGUGUAUAUACCUCAUUUCGUUUAUCCGUUCGUCUGUCGCUGGACAUCCGGGCUGCUUCACCAUUUGGCUGUUCUGUCACCUUGGUCCCUGUGGGCGAGGUCAAAGGUCAGGAAUGAAGGAAUGGAGCAGAGCCACCGUGCAGCCUUGAACUGCUAACAUUUGGCCUUUCGUGUGAAAGAGAACCAAGCAGCUGCCUGUUCGAGACAUUGUUACUUGCAGGCAAAUCCAGUCCUCACUGAUGAACAAGAGUGGAAUCCUCCGCAGCCGUGAAGACUGGUCCCGAGCCAGAAACCAACAUGGGUGAAAGAAGCCGGACGUGAAGGAAUACACGCGCUGAAUGGUUCCAUCCUAGGAUGGACCGGAACGGGCAAAACUAGGAUACUGUCCGAGGUCCGGGUCAAACCAUCCUUUAAUGGAGACGGGAGGUGAAGAUCCGUUUGCCAGCCAGUCUCCUGCAUCUAAGCUGCGGCUUUCCCCGGACAGCGAUGUGCCUCCGGGUGGAGCCAUUUCUCCGGACCCCUUCACCGGCCCCCACCUGCUGCUCUGGGCCGAGGAGGCGGGGGGCCCCCGGCAGCCCCGCGCAGACCGCUGCCCGCCGCCGCCGCGCUCGCUGCCCCCGGGCGCCUGCCAGGCCGCGCGCUGCCAGGCCGACUCCGAGUGCCCGCGGCACCGGCGCUGCUGCUACAACGGCUGCGCCUACGCCUGCCUGGAGGCCGUGCCGCCCCCGCCAGCUGAAGACACUGAAGCUCAGAGACGCCGAGUUGCUUGCCCAAGAUCACACAGCAGGCAACGCUGGGAGUGUCCACUGCCUUACGCCCUGAGUGCAGGGCUCUGGGGCCCCUACUCCAGCAUCUGGGCCCCUAUGUGGGAAUCUCUCACUGCCUGGAACAUCCUUCCGCGGGACACCCACACAGCUCCUUCCGAUCUUUGUCCGGAGGUGGUCAUUUUUCAGGGAACAUCUCUCUCUCGAAAUGGCAAGCCCUCCUCCAGCCAUUCCUCGCCCUCCUUUCCCUGCUUAAUUUUUCUUUAUAGCACAGUCUGGAACACCGUGUUUUAUUCACUCAUUGACUGUUCUCCCCACUUGAAGGUCAGCCGCAUAAGGCAGAGAUCGGUCUGUUUCCUUCACUGCUGGACGUCCCCCAUCUACACUAGACUCUAGGCAUCUGAAAAGUACUCAGUGGAAAUGAAAAGAAUCAACGCAUCAGCGAGUGACUGGCUUUCACUGGCCAGGCAGAGCGGUCCGAUUGUUCGUUGGUCGCAACGACCAGCAGCUGACCCGUUGAGGCAGGGAGUGUCUCCAGUCUGCCAUGGCCCUACCUGGCCGGCUUUUCUUACUUAUGUUACCUGCCUGCACCCUGGAGGCAUUUGGGCGCUCCACCCCUGCUUUGGGAUUUUGAACACUUUGCAGCCCUACGCGUGGGUUGGUCCUCUUGUUAAAGAUGUAUUGGUCACAGAGCAGGCUACGAUGCUAUGACAGAAAGACCCAUAAGCCCAGGAGCUCAACCUAUUUACUCCUCCUUUGGUUAAUAGGCCCGAGGAGAUGGGUGGUCCAUGGCAGGUAGGUGGCCCCAGUUCAGUCAUCCAGGGACCCAGGUUCCUUCCACUUGUUGCUCUGCAAGGUCAGAGUGGCUCCCAGGCUGCAGGCAGAGGGACAGCACGGAGCAAACAGGCACCAAACCCCGGGCGAGAACAGAAACUUGCGUCAUCGCCUCUGCUGACAUCCUAUUGGCCAGAACUCAGUCACGUGGCCACACCUAGCUGCAAGGAACGCUGGGAGAUGUAGUCUCCAGCUCGGCCCCAGUGCCUAGGCGAAACUCAAAGUUCUGUUACUGAAAGAACUGGGGGAAUGUGCGGCAGGGAGCCUCUGUGUUUCGUCGUGAAAUGUAGGGCACCCCCCCCCCCCUCGCCCCGUUCCCAGAGGCUGGGGCGUUUCUCAGCUGCCUGGGGCGGGGCUCAAUGUGACCAUGUAUCGUUU